CCUCCAGGCUGUCAUAUAUAUGGAUGUGUACAUGCAUGCAAUAUUGGGAACACUGAACACAUGUAUUUAUUUUGCAUUUGAAAAUUCUCAUGCAUUUCCUUUGGCUCUUCUCUCCCACAUUGUAACAGUACUCAUGGCAGGGCACAGUCAAAAUAGUGCAAGACAGGGAUAUCAAUUUGAACCAAGGUAUCGACCUGGCGAGCCAAGGAAGCAGCGCCGUUUGUGCAACAGUGGUCAGCAUCAACCGCCUUCGCCGAACCCUGAUUACAGCAGUCUGUCAAGUAUGACAUGGUGCCUAUGUGGGAAAUGCACGAUGAUGACCACGUCACUCGAAUGCCUAUGUUGUGUGUCUUCUCCGCGAGCAAUUGAGAAAUGGGCAGAAGUAACUUCAAAUUCAGGGAACAAUGCAUGCAUAACUGUGCACCCACAGUUUGAAUCGGCAUGCCUUUAUACCCACAAUUUAAAAACUAUAUUCAGGCUUCUGUGUCGGCGUAGAGGGUGUUAUCAACUACCGCAGUGGACAAACAAGUUGUACCGGGUUGUGGCGUACCGUGCAUAUGUGUUGUGGGUGCAUAACAAUCGAAGGCUGGGAUUUGGGAAUCGAAUGGUGCUUCCCGCUUGUGUAGUGUCACGAAUUCGAGAACAGUUUCCAUGUGCAGAUGAUGAUUCGUACACAGGAUUUAGAGCUUUUGAGGGACUUUGGAUUUAUUCUGAACACUGACAUAUGUAUUGUUAGCUGUGCAUUUCCUGUUCACAGUUGAAAAAUGGUUUUACUUACGCUACCUUAUUAUGAAGUUUGUACACUAAUAAAGUUAGUAUCAUUGACUUGGAUACUUAAUGUGUCAUGUGUACAUUUGUACAUCUGUCUACCAUUGCCUUAAAUUGAUGCUGCUCUGAGAGCAGAGUACGUACUUACAGCCGU